AUGGCUCAACCAGACAUUAGGGGGAUUCGGCAGAGACCUGCAGGCAAUGCAAAUGGGAUUCAACAGAGACCUGCAAGAAAUGAAAAUGGGAUUCAGCAGAGACCUACAGGACAUGAAAGAGAGGUUGUUAGAGACCUGCAGGAAAUGCCAACAUUAAUACAGAACCAAAGGAGUGAGUUAGAGGAAGCCAGAGAGGAGAUAAAGAGACUCAGGGAAAAUCAGAAUUCAAACCAGCACAGAGUAUGCAACCUCCUAGAAACAGGGGACGAAGCUGAUGGAAGGCUCCUUCCAGGGGGACUCUUUUUUGCAGAAAUACUGCAGAACAACCCAAGUACCAAGGCCGCUCUUGAGGCAGCAGCUAUGAAAGCAGCUACCUCACAGGAAGCUGCAAAGUGCACUGAACAAAUGCCGGAAAGGAAACGAUCAAUUAUAGUUGUAGGAGUACAGGAACCAGAGGGAUCCAAUCGGGAGGAGAGGAGAAGUAGGGACCGAGCAACCAUGACAGAAAUCUUGGAGGGACUGGAUAUGGAGGAGCUAGAUGGAAACAUAGAGAAGGUUUUCAGGCUGGGCAUCUACAAGAGGGAAAGGAAACGAUUGAUAAGGGAACGCAAUGUGGAAGUGUUAUUCUGCUACGAGGCCUAUGAUGUAGUAGUUCUCAUGCAGCUACGGGAAUUCACUAUCAGGAAAAUUGUUUCUGUAGAGAAAGAAAAGCGUCAGCAUAAAGAAGCAGUUGAUUACGAAGGAAGAGUGGGAUAUUUCAUACCUGCUGGGAAGAUGUGCACCAAAGGACAGAUGGUGUACCCAGACAAGAGGAAGGGUUUGGUGUAUCUGUACCAAGCAGAUGAUUCCCUUAUGCAUAUCUGUUGGAAGGACCGUGGCACUGGAACAGUUGAAGAGGAUGUGAUUAUUUUCCCUGAUGACUGUGAAUAUAAGCGUGUGUCACAGUGCACCACUGGUAGAGUUUUUGUACUCAAGUUUAAAUCGUCAAGCAGACGACUCUUCUUUUGGAUGCAGGAGCCGCCCAAGACGGACAAGGAUGAUGAGCAGUCUCGCAAAGUGAAUGAACUACUCAAUAAUCCACCAGCUCCAGGGUCACAGCGCCCAUCUGGUUCAACUGCAAAUCCUGCUCUGGGAUCGGAAAUUACCAAUUUAAGGGAUUCUGAUAUCCAGAAUCUGUUUGGGAAUAUUUCGCAACAACAGCUGAUGCAGAUCUUGGGAAGUGGAAUGUCCAGUUUGGCAACACUGCUUGGUCCAGGUAGGUCUGGCAGUGGUGGGGGUCGAAGUGGUAGUGGAAGUAGCAGCUCGACUUCUGCCACAACAACAGCUUCCACCACUCCAGCUGCUACCACCACCCCGACACCUGCACCUACCCCUGCUCAAGAUUCUGCUAGAGGUGGGAGCAAUAGCCGGGAAAGUAAUAGUACUACUCCUGGCAGUGGCAGUGUUGUGCCGAUUCAGUUGUCAGAUUUACAGAAUAUUCUUUCUGGGAUCUCUGUUCCACCGGAUGUGUCAGGUUCACCCAGGGUUGCAGUGGAUCUGAGUUCGGCCAUGACUGCAGAAGCUCUUCAGCCGAUCUUGACCAAUGAAGAUUUUGUGAAUCAACUUCGUCCUUAUCUUCCUGCAACGUCUGAUGAGUUACCUCCUACUGAACAACUCCGCGGAACAGUCACUUCUCCUCAGUUCCAGCAGGCUGUGAGUUUGUUCAGCAGUGGCCUUCAGUCAGGGCAGUUAGGCCCUCUCAUUAACCAGUUUGGUCUUGGAGAGGAUGCUGUUUUGGCUGCCUCGUCAUGUGAUAUGGAAGCAUUUAUUAAGGCCUUGGGAAAGAAGAAAGGUAAAGAGGAAGGCAGUAAGAAGGAAGAAGAGAAGGAGGUUUCUGAUAAAACCAAGGAUCAAGAUAAGGAUGAUGCCAUGUCUGUUGACUAAGUGGUGUCCAUGGAU